AAUGAUCUUGGUGUGGCGAUCUUAACGAAGAACGAGUCAGCUGUGAAGACGUUGAUCUAUAAUGGGGUGGAUGUCAAUCGCACGGACUCAGUCGGCAGUUUGCCAUUACAUUACGCCGCUUAUGUUGGCGACACCACAAUGAUGAUGAUGCUUAUCGGCUGCGAUACCACACUUGCAUGUAAACUACUUCAAACUCCUCUUCAUAUAUGCGCUAUUCACAAUGUGCCUAAUGUUGCAGCAUUAUUAUUACGCAAUAGGUACAUUAUGCUAGAUAGUGCUGACUCUCGAGGAUGCACUGCUUUACACCAUGCAGCCUACCAUGGUCACGUAGAGGUUGCUGAACUACUGCUGAAAGCUGGGAUUAACAUGGCUGCCGUUGACAAAUUGGGUCGUACUGCCAUGCAUUCGAUGGCAUGUGGAGGCAGCCUUGGAAUGUUGGCGGUAUUACGCGAAGCAGGCGCGUCGAUUACCGUCCGUGAUUUUCAUGGACGAACUGUAGCCCAUUACUCUGCCAUGGCAUCCCAGGCAGACCUAUUAGGAGCUCUACUGAAGAUCGAUAAGAAUUUCAUUAAUGCUAGGGACAAUGACGGGUAUACACCUCUGCACUAUGCGGUACAAAAUGGUCAAAAUGUGAAGACAAUCGAUCUCCUCGUUCAAAGCGGUUGCGAUGUUGCUGCGGCCGCAUGUGAUGGUACAACUCCAUUACAUGUGGCUGCUUCACUAGCAGAAUCAGCAAAGCCGAUAGAGUACUUGAUAGGUUGUGAAGGCAUUGAUCUUAAUGCGAGGAAUGCAGAUGGAAUGACGCCGCUCCAUUUGGCUAGUGAGUGGACAAAAGUGUCACGAGUAGACACUCUUAUCAAA